AUGGCAUCCGACCGACAAGAUUCGCCAACACAAUCAGAUCCGCCACGGUCGCACGAUGGUGAGAAAGAAGUUUCAGCUGGAGCAGUGACCCCUCCGGCCGACUUUGAGCAAUUGGAGAGCGAAAUCACCUUUCCUGAAGGUGGCCGAGGCGCCUGGCUUCAUUUCAUCUCGCGAGAGAUUCUAGUGAAGUCUUCCUCCACGGAGGUGGGAUGGAUUUUCGGAAAAUAUGCCUUCAUGACAUUCUUCGCUGGGGUGCAGAUUGGUCCGACCUUUGACGCCAAGGGGCCACGGGGACUGAUGAUUGCGGGCAGCAUCUGCACCUUGGUCAGUAUAUUCACCCUGAGUACCUAUGACUCGGCUCAUGCUCACCAUGGUACAAAAUACUAUCAACUUGUCCUUUCUUUCUCACUUCUCGGCGGGCUGGGUUCCUCCCUUCUCCAGACCCAUGGCAUAGGCUGUGUUUCGCACUGGUCCAACGAACGGCGCGGUCUGGCCAGUGGAAUGGCCUUCACAGGCGCAGGAUUUGGUGGCGUACUCUUUCCGCUGAUGCUCCAGGCCCUGCUUCCUCAGGUCCGAUGGGACUGGGCAAUCCGGAUCAUUGGGAUCGUUCGAUGCGACAACACCGCCACCACCUGGAAAGACACAUUGCCCGACCCGCGCAUCUUCAUGGACGGCACCGGUGCGAUGACGAUCACCACUAUCGGCGUCGCUCUGACAGACAUGGCCUACCUUGUGCCCAUGACCUACGAACCGCUAGCCGAUAAAGUAGGCUUCGGCUAUCAGCUGCUCGCCAUCACGAACGCUGCUUCCUGUGUCGGGCGGUACCUUGUCGGCGAUCUGGCCGACCGAUACGGCCAAUACAACACCAUGACCGUCUUCCUGCUACUGUGUAUAGUCUCCGUGGGCGGCUUUUUCUUGCCCGAUGUGCUCGUCGCCAAUCUACCCACCAUCGCGCUGCUGUUGAUCUUCUCACUCGUCUUCGGCUUCUGCAGCGGUUCCAACAUCAGCCGGACGCCAAUAUGUCUGGGUCAGCUGUGCAAGACCGGGAACUACGGUCGAUACUACGCGAGCUGCUAUACGAUCGUGUCGUUCUGUUGCUUGACGGGGGUACCCAUCGCGGGGGCCUUGCUGAAUGCCACCGCGUCCACUGGGAAGGCAAGAAAUGGGGGGGCUGUUGCCUUCAGUGGAGCUUGUUACGUGGUUGCGUUGUUCAGUUUCGUUUGGAUCAGAGUGCGGAUCAAGGGGUGGAAUUGCAGGGAGAAAUGGUAG